GCCAUGUUGGAUGUGAAUGAGAGAUGCUGCGCUCGUGUCGCUGCUAGCCGGAGCUCUACCAAACACCGAGAGUAGAUGCGAGCUUCCCGGGAUCACCGAGCGACCGGGGAGCAAGGCGGAAGGAGUCGGGCGGUGGUGGAUGAGCUGGCCACUUAGCCGGCGUUUGGAGAGAGAAAGAGAGACACUUGGGUUCAGAGAGAGGGGAGAACGGGGGGAGAGAAGAAAGGAUUUCACCAGACUAAUGGCUGCACUGCUACUGGACUUGGGCUCGCUUUCGCCGCUGUUGUUUCUCCUUCUCCUCAGCUCUUUGUUCACUGUUAUCCCGAGGAGUGCAGCGGGGCCGUUCUGCCGCUCCCUGUGCACCCACCCAGCCCCCGGAGACGCUCGAAUCACCAGCCUGCCCGACGAAACGGUAACGGGGGCUUUGGCUGGGGGCGAUUGGAAGAUCCACCCUGCACGGACGCUACGGUCGCGUGGACGGGAAGCGCGAUGCUUACGGUCCCGUGCAGCGGGAACCCCCUCAGCUCCGUUGAGUCCGGAUUACCGGAAUUGUAGUGCGUGGAUAUCAGAACCGGCGGCGCACACCGGACGCUGUCAUCACCAGCCUGUUUGGAGUAACGGCGGCAGUGGAGAGAAGGGCGUUGUUUCUCGUGUUCUCGCCUCUCCGGUUCAGUAUGGCAAAAAGAGGACUGUACAAAGGACUAGAACGCGCUCGCGGCCACAGACGCGCCUCGACACGGACAGGGUCAUUGCAAGCGUGCUGGAUAGCUGUAUAACCGUGGAUAGCCAAUCCAGGCCCAAUCACUGCCCAUGUCACCCACAACGGGAGUCUGCCGCUGCCAAGACACCAACUCGGCUGUUAUCAAAAGCCUAUUCUUAUUCUAAUGUGGUUUCGGACGCCAAUAAAUUGUGCAAAGCGACAGCGGACCGUCCCCUCUCAGGCCCCCUGAAUGUUAUCGAUCUUAACAGAGAGGGCUGGAACGGGUCAGGCUUUAGGAAUACCCGCGGGUGCUCGGGACCGUGCGCGUGGCAGCUCUCUCUAGGGCUUGGAAGCGAAGCAAGCAGCUGUCUCGAGUCACACCGGAUCACAGGUUGUUCUGAAAGGCAUCCAAACUGGCACAGCAGUAACUGGCACCGGUUCAACAUCUCUCUCAGGCGCUACGCUGUUUGUGAAAGGCAGGCAAGAGAAAACACAGACACCACAUCUUCAAAUAACAACUCAAAAGUAGAAUUUGUGCAUGCGAAGUCGGAGCGGAAUAGUUCACAAAAGUCUUCUAGUGCGCUCAAACGGACUGAUGCUCGGGAUUUAAUGCCACAGGCUGAUUGGGUCAGGACUGAGACUCGCUAUGAUGACAGAAAGGCUCAUUAUAAUGGAUCAACUGGAAUCAGCGCUGCUCAGUUGUGUAUCGGCGAUGUACACAACCCUGACUCAUCCGCUGCUGGUUUUUCCAGCGGUCAUAAUGCAUCACAUAUCUACCUCUUAGUCGAGCUUAACUUUCCUAAACGUUUUCGUGACUCACACUUUCACACACGAGAAGAUUCAGCACCCUCUCAGUGGACAGCGCCAAUCUCCGUGCUUGAGCUCGUGCAUUCCAAUGACUUUACUCAAAGUUUGCUGCUGAGGAAUUGGAACGGCAACUAUAACAACAACAACUGCGCCAAGAAUCGUAAUAAUAACCACCACAACAACAGCAGCAGCCCUGAUGAUCAAAAUGCAAAUGAAACUCAAAAUGUUCCUGACAGUGAAGAGCGCGACUUUAUAAGAGGGGAAAGCGCACGUUAUCCUUGCUCCAGCACUCGUGCGGAGUGUGGCGACUACGACAGCUUAACCGCCGAUGGGGGAGCCACGCGGCCGCAAUUAAAAUCCGGUAAACGGGUGUCAUUACAAGCUGAGGGUGUCAGUCAGCAAGAGGAGCAGCUGGAAGCCGCGACUGAGUGCGGUAGGAGGGAGGGACAGAUAGAGGGCGGGGUAAAGGGAGGAACGGGGGAGGGUGACAGACAGCCUGUAGAGGGAGAAAGGGAGGAAAGCUUGGAGUGGGUGAUUGCAGAAGACACAAAGGAAGACGUAGUAUUAGAAGAGACAAAUUUACUGGAAGAAAAAGGUCAAGGCAACGGCACCUCUCAGUCAGACAGAAAAAGCGAUGAAAACAAAAAUGGAAUGUGGACUGAGCAGAAUGAGCUUAAACAGAGUCUAGAUGGGGUGGAAAACACACAGAAAUUUUUGUAUGUUGAGAAAGAAAAAGCAACAGAAAGCGAUGAAAUUCAGAGAGAAGAUGAGCAAGAAUACAACGAAGAGCAGACAGGUGUCUCUCCUGUUGGGCGCUCCCGUAGAGCAGCUAAUAGGCACCCCCAAUUCCCCCAGUAUAACUACCAGGUUCAGGUUGCUGAGAACCAGCCUCCUGGUACCUCAGUCAUAAGUAUGACAGCCGAGGACCCUGAUGCUGGUGAGGCAGGCAGACUCAGUUACAGCAUGGCCCCUUUAAUGAACAGCAGGUCCAUGGAUUACUUCCAGAUCGACCCAAUUACUGGCCUUCUCACCACCACACACAUUCUGGAUCGAGAACACAUGGACCUGCACUACUUCCGAGUUACUGCCACGGACCACGGCUCACCACGCCUUUCUGGAACAACUAUGGUGACCAUCACUGUGGCUGAUCGUAAUGAUCACUCUCCCGUGUUUGAGCAAACAGAAUACCGCGAGACUAUUCGAGAGAAUGUAGAAGAGGGAUAUCCUAUACUGCAGCUGCGAGCAACAGAUCUCGACUCGCCAGCAAAUGCAAACAUACGCUACAGGUUUAUCGGAGAAAGUGCAGCUGUUGCACGUGCUGCGUUUGAGAUUGAUCCUCGAUCAGGUUUGAUCACAACACGAGGUACUGUUGACAGAGAAGCAAAUGAACGCUAUACAUUGUUAGUGGAAGCAAGUGACCAAGGGAGAGAGCCGGGUCCACGGUCGGCUACCGUUAGUGUCCAUAUCACCGUGUUGGAUGAGAAUGACAAUGUUCCACAAUUCAGUCAAAAGCGCUAUGUGGUAGCAGUUAGAGAAGACGUCCGCCCACAUUCUGAAAUCCUCAGAGUCAGUGCCUCGGACCAGGAUAAAGAUGGGAAUGCUGCUGUGCACUACAACAUAAUCAGUGGGAACAGCCGAGGACAGUUUGCGAUUGACAGUGUUACUGGAGAAAUCCAGGUGGUAGCGCCACUGGACUAUGAGACGGAACGGGAGUACACGCUACGGCUGCGGGCUCAGGACAACGGCCGUCCACCUCUCUCCAACAACACUGGAAUUGUGAGUGUUCAGGUCACUGAUGUGAAUGAUAAUCCACCAAUCUUUGUAUCCACUCCUUUCCAGGCUACAGUGCUGGAGAGCGCUCCUAUCGGUCACUCCAUUCUUCACAUACAAGCUAUUGAUACAGAUAACGGUGACAAUGCACGCCUGGAAUACCGUUUGACGGGAACUGGCACAGAUACACCGUUUGUUAUCAACGCUGCCACUGGUUGGGUCACAGUGAGCUCAGAACUUGACCGGGAAUCAGUAGAGCAUUACUUCUUUGGCGUUGAAGCUCGAGAUUAUGGCGCUCCACCUCUUUCCGCAACAGCUAGUGUUACAAUCACAGUAAUGGAUGUCAAUGAUAACCGACCAGAGUUUUUACAAAAAGAGUAUUACGUCAGACUAAAUGAAGAUGCAGCAGUUGGAACAAGUGUGGUCAGCGUUACCGCUGUUGACCGUGAUGUAAAUAGUGCUGUCACUUAUCAGAUCACCGGUGGAAACACACGUAAUCGCUUUGCCAUUAGCACAGCCGGUGGUGCAGGACUUGUCUCCCUAGCACUUCCUUUGGACUACAAACAGGAGCGCCGCUAUGUGUUAACAGUCACUGCCUCUGACAGAACUCUCCACGAUACCUGUCAGGUGCACAUCAACAUCACAGAUGCCAACACACACCGUCCCGUGUUCCAGAGUGCUCAUUAUUCAGUAAGUGUGAAUGAGGACCGGCCUCCCGGCAGCACCGUGGUGGUCAUAAGUGCAACAGAUGACGAUGUUGGAGAAAACGCCCGCAUUACUUACUACCUGGAGGACAAUAUUCCACAGUUUCGCAUUGAUCCUGCGAGCGGAGCGAUCACACUUCAAGCCGAACUUGACUAUGAAGACCAAAUGACUUACACACUUGCCAUCACUGCCCGUGACAAUGGAAUCCCUCAGAAAUCUGACACCACUUAUGUGGAGGUCAAUGUUAAUGAUGUAAAUGACAACGCACCUCAGUUCCUGAGCCCCAGGUAUCAGGGUGGAGUCAGUGAGGAUGCUCCACCUUUCACUAGUGUGCUACAGAUCUCCGCUACAGACCGUGAUGCUCAUGCCAAUGGCCGUGUCCAGUAUACGUUCCAGAAUGGAGAGGAUGGUGAUGGAGAUUUCACAAUAGAGCCAACUUCGGGAAUAGUCAGGACUGUCAGGAGACUUGACCGUGAAAGUGUUCCCUACUAUGAGCUGACUGCAUUUGCGGUGGAUCGUGGUGUUCCCCCUCAGCGUACACCUGUACACAUUCAAGUCAGUGUCAUGGAUGUCAACGACAAUGCUCCAGUGUUUCCAGCUGAUGAUUUUGAGGUCCUAGUGAAGGAGAAUAGUGCCGUUGGAUCCGUUGUAGCUCAAAUUACAGCAACUGAUCCAGAUGAGGGCCCAAAUGCUCAGAUUAUGUAUCAGAUUGUGGAAGGAAAUAUUCCAGAAAUCUUCCAAAUGGACAUUUUUUCAGGAGAACUCACUUCUUUAAUUGACCUUGACUAUGAAACGCGGAAUGAGUACGUAAUUGUUGUCCAGGCCACCUCAGCUCCAUUGGUCAGUCGUGCCACAGUGCGCAUACGACUUGUUGACCAGAAUGAUAAUGGGCCCCAAAUGCAAGACUUUCAAAUCAUCUUUAAUAACUUUGUAUCUAAUCGAUCCAACACCUUCCCAAGUGGUGUUAUUGGACGAGUUCCAGCCCAUGACCCAGAUGUUUCAGAUCGUCUCUACUACACCAUAGAUCGUGGGAAUGAGCUACACCUGGUGCUGUUGAACCACACGAGUGGGGAGAUCCGCCUCAGCCGAAAAUUGGACAACAACCGACCACUGGUGGCCCCGAUGCUUGUCACUGUCACUGAUGGCAUUCACAGCAUCAGCGCUCAGUGUGUGUUGCGGGUUCUCAUCAUUACGGAGGAGAUGCUCAGCAGCAGCAUCACCGUGCGACUCCAGAACAUGUCCCAGGAGCACUUCCUGUCCCCGCUGCUCACUCACUUCCUGGAAGGGGUGUCAGCAGUGCUUUCAGUCUCUCCUGAUGAUGUGUUUGUGUUCAAUGUGCAGCCGGAUGCAGAUGCAGGAAAGGUGCUCAAUGUUAGUUUCUCCGCUGCAUUGCCGGGAGGGCAGUUUUUCCCAUCGGAGGCUCUGGAGGAGCAGCUGUACCUCAACAGACCUAGACUCAACGCCCUUGCACAUAUGGAGGUUCUCCCAUUUGAUGAUAACGUGUGUUUACGUGAGCCAUGUCAGAACUACAUGAAGUGCAUCAGCGUUCUCCGCUUCAACAGCUCCGCUCCCUUUAUCACCUCCCCAUCUACGCUGUUCCGGCCCAUCCAUCCUAUCACAGGGCUGCGCUGCCGGUGCCCCGCCGGAUUUACGGGAGAUUACUGCGAGAUUGAAAUUAACCUGUGUUACUCAAACCCCUGCUUGAAUGGAGGAGUGUGUGCUCGCAGAGAGGGAGGCUACACCUGCAUCUGUCGAGAGGAUUACACAGGCGAGCGGUGUGAGUUGGACCGGCGUGGUGGCCGGUGUGUAGCAGGCGUUUGUCGUAACGGCGGGACAUGCCGCGAGCUCUCCGGAGGAGGAUUCAGGUGUGAGUGUCCUGCAGGAGGGUAUGAGAAGCCGUUUUGCUCUGUCACCACCAGAUCCUUCCCGCCAAAAUCAUUCAUGAUGUUCAGGGGACUCCGUCAACGAUUCCACCUCUCCAUCUCCCUCUCGUUUGCCACAUUGGAAAGUAAUGGUUUGCUUUUCUACAAUGGUCGGUUUAAUGAGAAGCACGACUUCCUUGCAUUGGAGAUACUGGAUGGACAAAUGGUUCUUAAAUACUCCACAGGUGAGUCGUCUACUCAGGUGAGUCCAUACCUGCCUGGCGGAGUGAGUGAUGGCAACUGGCACACCGUUCACAUCCAUUACUACAACAAGCCAAAGCGCAGUGUGAGCGGUGACGUCCAGGGUCCUUCUGAUGAGAAGGUCGCAGUCUUGAGUGUAGAUGACUGUGACACGGCUGUUUCGCUGAGGUUUGGCAUUCAGCUCGGCAACUACAGCUGUGCUGCACAGGGAAGACAGACCAGCAGCAAAAAGUCUCUGGAUCUGACAGGCCCAUUGUUUUUGGGUGGACUUCCUAACCUGCCUGAAAACUUCCCAUUUACUACAAGAGAAUUUAUUGGCUGCAUGAAAGACCUGCAUAUUGAUAACAGACCAGUGGACAUGGCAGGAUUCAUCGCUAAUAAUGGCACUCUACCAGGUUGCAGUGCCAAACUGCCUUUCUGUAAAUCGAACCCGUGCCAGAAUGGCGGCACAUGUCGGGUGAGCUGGGAGACAUUCUCCUGUGACUGCCCUGUGGGAUUUGGAGGAAAGGACUGUAGCUUAGUGAUGUCCCACCCACAUCGUUUCCUUGGAAACAGUGCGCUGUGGUGGGACCUGAAGAAUGAAGUCACCAUCACUACACCCUGGUACAUGGGACUGGUGUUCCGCACCAGAUCAAAAGAGGGGGUUCUCCUACAGGCUCAAGCUGGACAGUACACCAACUUGAUCUUUCAGGUGGUUUCGGGUCAGCUGGUGUUUUCUGUGGCACGGGGUUCGACUCGGCCGGUCAGGUUGAGACUGGAUCAGGUUCAAGUGUGUGAUGGACGCUGGCAUGACCUACAGCUCGAGCUCCGUGAUGUCAGGAGUGGCAGAGAGACUAGAUAUAUCGCUACAGUCCGACUGGACUUUGGACUGUAUCAGGGAACAGUCAUUGUCGGCAAUGAGAUUAAUGGUGUAAAGGUGAAGCAUCUACAUGUAGGCGGAGUUUUAGGGUCAGGAGAGGUGCAAAAUGGGAUACGUGGCUGCAUUCAGGGAAUGCGUCUAGGGGUGCGUCCUGAUUCCCCUGCGUUGCCCCGCCCUUCCAGAACUAUCAAGGUGGAGACAGGCUGUAAUGUUGGCAACCCGUGUAACUCCUCCCCUUGCCCCGGCCACAGCCAGUGCACAGAUGAAUGGGAUCGACACACCUGUGUUUGUGAACCAGGAUUCUACGGUAAAAGCUGUAUGGAUGCAUGUCAGCUGAACCCAUGUGAAAAUCAAGCAAAGUGUCACAGGAAGCCCAGCUCCUCACAUGGAUAUAUUUGUGAUUGUGAGGACAAUCACUAUGGACAGUACUGCCAGCACAGGGUCGAGCAGCAAUGUCCUCGUGGUUGGUGGGGCAGCCCAACAUGUGGACCCUGCCACUGUGAAGCCAGUAAAGGCUUUGACACCGACUGCAAUAAGACCACUGGACACUGCCACUGCAAGGAGUUUCAUUACCGACGGCGGGGCAGUGAUGUCUGCCUGCCAUGCGAUUGCUAUCCAGUGGGCUCCUUCUCAAGGUCAUGUGACCCGGAGAGCGGCCAGUGCCAGUGUCGACCUGGAGUGAUCGGCAGACAGUGUAACAUGUGUGACAAUCCAUUUGCUGAGGUCACACAAACAGGCUGUGAAGUAAUCUAUGAUGGCUGUCCAAAGACCAUAACAUCAGCAAUCUGGUGGCCCAGAACAAAGUUCAACCUACCUGCUGCUGUCCCCUGUCCCAAAGGAUCAGUAGGAACUGCAAUUCGGCACUGUGACGGAGAGAGAGGAUGGCUCGACCCUGAUCUGUACAACUGCACCUCUCCUCCUUUUGUGGAGCUGAACACAGCUCUGGAGGCUUUAGAGAGAAAUGAGACAGAACUCAACACCAUCAUUGAGAAAAAACUGGCCCAUCAGCUUCGUGAUGUCACAGAAGCAACAACCCGUCUCUAUGGCAAUGACCUUCAGAUAGCCGAGCGGCUGCUGUCUCGCCUCUUGACCUUUGAGAGCCUCCAGUCAGGCUUCGGUCUGACAGCUACUCAGGAUGCACAUUUCAAUGAGAAUGUGUUGCGAGGAUGUAGUGUUUUGUUGGGUCCGGGCAGCGCUGCGUUGUGGAGGGGUCAGAGUUCAGGUCAGACUGGGGCAGCAGGAUUGGCCGAUCUGUUGGAGCAGUACACCCGCAUACUCGCCCAGAACAUGAAACAGACGUACCUUAAUCCUGUGGCACUCGUCGCCCCAAACAUCGUCAUGACUCUGGAUCGCGUUGACAACCACACACACGUGCGGCGGCGUUUUCCACGGUAUCACAGUACUCUGUUCCGAGGUCAGGCUCUCUGGGAUGCUCACACACAUGUCGUGCUGCCCCCUACUGCACUAGUUUCACAGCGCAGCUUCUUUUCAGCUCCAUCUCCUGCUGGCCCUGUGAACCUGUUGGCCAAUCAGACGUUAGAAGCAACAGCGAGCCGGCGUUCUUUGUCACUGCAAGAGGCGCCCGUCUCUAUUGUCAUCCUCCUCAUUUAUCGAAGCCUAGGGGCCGCACUUCCCCCUAAAUACCACACAGACCGUCGCGGCGUCAGGUUACCCAGACACCCCGUGCUGAACUCGCCUGUAGUGAGUGUUUCUGUGUACAAUAACCUGACCUUCGUGGAGGGUUUUUUAGACACUCCGGUCCUGCUAGAGUUUCGUCUUCUGGAGACCAGCAACCGCAGCAAACCGCUGUGUGUUCAGUGGAAUCACAGCAGCCCUGUAUCAGCAGGAGGCUGCUGGACGGUGAGGGACUGUAGUGUGGUCUAUAGGAACACUUCACAUGUUCGCUGUCAAUGCCACAGACUGGGAACCUUUGGAGUCCUUAUGGACAGCUCACAGAGAGAGCAGUUAGAGGGUGACCUGGAGACCCUCGCCAUAGUAACGUACUCCUCGCUCUCAGUUUCCAUGGCGGCGUUGUUGCUAACAGUGGUGGUUUUAUCGUGCCUGAGGGGACUGAAAUCAAACACACGCAGCAUUCAUUCCAACAUGGCUGCCGCUACGCUCCUCUCCCACCUCACAUACCUGCUGGGCAUCAACCAGACGGAACAACAGUUCCUGUGCACGGUGGUUGCGAUUCUGCUCCAUUACUUCUUUAUGUCAGCAUUUGCGUGGCUGUUCGUAGAAGCUCUUCAUAUUUACCGUAUGCAAACAGAAGCGAGAAACAUCAACUACGGAGCUAUGAGAUUCUACUAUGCUAUUGGCUGGGGAGUCCCUGCUAUCAUUACAGGGCUCGCGGUGGGGCUGGAUCCAGAAGGGUACGGCAACCCGGAUUUCUGCUGGAUCUCCAUGUACGAUAAGCUUAUGUGGAGCUUUGCAGGACCAGUUAGCGUCGUCAUCCUGAUGAAUGGUGGGAUGUUUUUAAUGGUCCUGCGUAUGACAUGCAACCCCACUCAGAAGGAGAUAAAGAAGCUGCCCGUGAUUUCUACUAUCCGCAGUGCCUUCCUCCUGUUAUUAUUGAGUACAUGCGUUUGGUUGUUUGGUCUUAUGGCUGUUAAUAACAGUGUCCUGGCGUUCCACUACCUGUUCAUUGUACUCUGUUGCGUCCAGGGAUUGGCCGUACUGUUGGUUUUUACAAUCCUGAACUCUGAGGUGCAGGAGGCCUGGAAACUGGCCUGUCUGGGCAAGAAAAGCCCCAGUGAAGAACCUCCCAGACCUCCACAGAUAACGGGCCAAAAUCCGUACAACAGCGCCUCCCUGCUGGAGCAGAGCGGAUUACACCGAAUCACACUCGGAACUUCAACCAUCUCAUCAGUCAGCAGUGCCAGGGAGAAUCUCUUGUCACGGCAGACUCUAGAACACACUCUUGGUCACACAGGGGCCACUGAUCUGGACGUGGCAAUGUUUCACCGCAACGGAGGUACACUAAAACACAAUAACCUGCAUGCAUGUGAGGACUCAGACUCGGAUUCUGAUCUCUCACUGGAAGAGGAACGAAGUUUGUCCAUCCCUUCAUCAGAGAGCGAGGACAAUGUGCGCCUGCGGGGGCGUAUCCAGCGGCGCUUCAAACGGACUGGUCACAGCGAACGUUUACUCACAGAGCCCACCCACAAUGGUGGAAAAGAUCUGGAUGGCAAUGACCUGCUCUCCUAUUGGCCAGCGCUGGAAGGCUGCGAGGCGCACUCACUGCAGAAAUGGGGCUCAGAGCGCCGCCUAGGGGGUGACUACAGCAAGGAUGCAGCUAAUAACAACCAGCCAGAUGCAGCGCUGACCAGCGGAGAUGAGAACGGACUCACACACAGACACCGCAAGGGAAUCCUGAAGAAUCGUCUGGGCUGCCCUCCUGCUCUACAGGGCCUGUCUGCAGUGGGUCGCGCUCCCAGUGAGAUGUCUUGGUACAGGACCUCCACAUUGGGACACAGAGGUGUCCCAGCUGCCUCCUACGGUCGUAUGUACUCCGGCACUGGCUCACUGUCCCAACCAGCUUCCCGAUACUCUUCCCGUGAACACCUGGAUUCACUGGCGCGACGACAACGCUCUCGUGACAACCUCGACCUGUUGCCGAGACGACGUGAGCUUGGUGCCGAACACCUGGGUGGGUCCAGAGAAAGGCUGGGCCCAGUUCACAGUAUCCAUGCCUCUAGAGAAGAUCUGGUGGGCAGGGGUGGUAUGGUGGGUUUAAUGGGUGCAGAGGGUUCGUUAAGUGGUUCGAGAACACAGCUUAACACUCUAACAAGGCAACAGGCCUCUCGGGAGCACCUCGGUGGGGCUCUCAUGAGCAGUCGAUCCCGGGAACAGUUGGAAUCUAACGGCGGAGCGCAGCCCUGCAGGGAGUGGCUAAGAACCCUGCCGCCCCGACAGCUCUCACACCCUGAGCCACACCCACCCUCCUCACCCCCUCCACCAAUCACAGAGGAACCCCAGGAAACCCUGCCCUCUCGCCGCGGUCGUCUAGACUCCGCCCCUCCAUGUAGGUACCCGCCAUCUGCAACUGCACCCGGAGCUCCGUCUAGUCGCCCACCCUCUAGUGAACACCUGGAUAUCCUGUCCUCCAUCCUCGCCUCCUUCAGCUCCUCUGUCUUAACCCCUCCCCCACCUGUCGCUGCCUCCGCAGGCCCCUCCCCUUCCCCGCCUCCUCUCUCUGCAACCUCUCAGAGCGUCUCUGAAGUGUCACCUGACUCUGAAGUUAACAGAAGUGAUGGACAAUCUUGAUGAUUCCUUCGCAGUCCUAUAAUGCACCUCUGCAGAUGGGCUCAAGAAUCACAGGACAUAGCCAACCGGAGCGUUCAUGACUCCUCCUUCACCCUGAAAAGAGGGUAGGACGUUGUUCAUCAAGGGCUUGAGAUAUCACCCUCCUGAGAACAGACAGGAAAUCAGACCAGAGAAGGUGAUGAUUUCUAUGAUUUUCAAUUAAUCCAAACAACAAACCUCAGAUUUCAGACCAACAGCUGAGAGGACUGGUCAGAGACAAAGAGAGAGAGAGAGAAAAAAACUGUACAGAACAUUUUUAUACUUUUUGUAUCUUUUUCAUCAAAGAUCAAAGAAGAAAAAUCUCUAGUGAUGUUUUUUGAAGAUUGUGUGGAUAUGUGUUUAAGUGGGUAGGAUCGAAAAAUCAUUUUCAAACCCAUUCCGAGCCAAAACAGUCCUAGACAUUCCCACUCCAAUCUUUCCACUCCAACAUUAGUUUAUGCAACAAGCCACGCCCACUGAUAGACCGAAGAGAGUCUAUGAAGACGAGGACUGGUUCGUGUGAAUGCAGAACUUAUUGGCCCAAACAUGGGAUUGGUGGGAAACUCCAGAGACAGUGAUUGUAAUUCUAAAGAAAUUAUGAAACAGAAGAUAUGUUUGGACCGUAAUGAUUGUCAGUCAAUGGAUUGUUGUCAGACAGGUGACUUGAUUGGAAGAUUUUAGCUUGAGUCAACAGAGUCAUGCUUAUAUGAAAUGCCUGUCCGGUUUCUUUAAUAUUUUUGGCCAAACUGCUCUAAAAGCAUAACAAACACGUGUUGAAGUUUGUUGCAGCUGUGUGAGGAUACCUUUUAAUCAUUCAUGUAACUAACCUACAAGUCUUUUUAGCAUAAUUAAGACGUCUUUCAUAUCCAGAGUUAUUAUAAUUCAAACACUGCUUCAGGAAAUGUUACACAAAGAUCCCAAAUCAGCUAUUCAGGAGAAGAUAUGUAAUCCAUCUUUGAUUUCUUUUCUAACAAAGAGAGCAUAUCGAAAUAUCAGUCAUUAUUGUCUCUGUGGAGUAUUGAACAAUCUUAGUGCUUCAGAGGAAGAAACUUUGUAAAAUGAGCAAAAUUCAGCCAUUAAGGUGAGAUGAUUUCAAAAUAUCAAGCUCAAUGUGACUUUAUCUCUUUAGUCAUUUGCAGUAUUACCAUGAUUUUUGCCAAAAAGAGUGCCCUAUAAUCAUUCCUUUUAUACCUCUUACCUGUCAUAAAGUGCUCCGGUACUUUUUCUAUUCAUGGUUUUAUAUUUUAUUUAUUACUGCAUAACUUUAUCUUGUACAGACAUUAAAUUUAUUUAUUUUAUUUAUUAAUAUUUAUUGAAUUCAUUUCUCUACCAUAAUCGUUGCUGGAGUGUUUCUAAAGAAGUGCGUAUGGAAGUUUUUUUUUUUUUUUUUUUUUUUAUAAGACCGAGAUUUCAUCUGUUUCAAAUGUUUUAUGUGUGAAACUUUUGUACAUGUAUUGUCUGAUAUGUCCCCCUUCUCUUCUGUUCACAAUGCAUUCUGGGAAAAGAAAUGUGCUCUGUCCAUCAGAGAGAGAGAGAGAGAGAGAGAGAGAGAGAGAGGUACAAGACAAUGAUUGGAUGGGAGAGAGAACAGGGGAAUGUAUAAUGGCUCAACAUGUUUAAUGUGGGACAUGUUGUAUCCCUUUCACUUAUGGGGGUUUUCAGAAAAAAAAUCUGCUACCAUUGGGAGAUGAAAGUGAGACCCGUUGGGCAUCAAUAAAAGAGUUAUUGCUA